AUGCCCGUGCGAAAGCCCAGCAAGUAUGGCAACAACCUCAGAGCGGCUAAGUCCUCGGUCCGGUCGCAACGACCCAGGACGAUUGAGGCUUCCGAACUUCGAUCGACCGAGGGCACAUCCCAAGAUGAAAAGAUGCAGGCGACCAGGCUUGCAAACAGUAUAGACGAGGCUAUGGGCUUUCCCAAAUUCGAUUCUGGAAAGAAAAGAGUCGGGUGGCUCUACAAUAUGCACAGUACCUCGAUAGAGGACUCGAGAGUGCCGGGCGGUCGUGCUGGUGUGGACUUCUACUUCAUUGACGAUAAUGGCGACAAUUUCAAAGCCACCGUUGAAUACGAUCCUUACUUUUUGAUCGCAGUCAAGCGCGGACGAGAGCCAGAGGUGGAGGAAUGGUGUAAACGCAUGUUUGAGGGCAUGGUCAAGACAGUUUUGAAAGUUGAGAAGGACGACCUUUCGAUGCCCAAUCACUUGCUGGGAUACAAGAGAACGUUUCUUAAACUCACAUUUCCUAAUGUUUCCGACCUGUUAUCCGUUCGGAAGGUCAUCAUGCCCAUUGCGGAGAAGAACAAGGACAAGAUCACCGCAAUGGACACCUACGCCGAAGUAGCAACUGCUACCGCUGGAUUCGAUAUCUUUGACGAAGAAGCUGUCCAGGAUAAAAGAUCAAAUGCCAUUCUUGAGGCCAGCGAGUACAUUACCGACAUUCGAGAAUACGAUGUGCCAUACCACGUCAGAGUUACUAUCGAUCUGGACAUCCGGAUAGGCAAAUGGUACACCGUGGAGGCGAAGCAUGGGCAGAUAUCACUCACCUGCAUCGAGGAGCGACUGCAGCGUGCUGACCCCGUGGUCCUGGCAUUCGACAUCGAGACCACGAAACUGCCUCUGAAAUUUCCAGACGCUGUCAUUGACCAGGUCAUGAUGAUAUCGUACAUGAUCGAUGGACAAGGGUUUCUCAUUGUCAACCGCGAGAUCGUGUCGGAGGAUAUUGCAGAUUUCGAUUAUACACCUAAACCUGAGUAUCAGGGGCCCUUUCUCACCUUUAAUGAAAAGGACGAACGUGCUCUCCUCGAGCGUUUCUUCGACACUAUAAAACAAGCGCGACCGACAGUCAUUGCGACUUACAACGGUGACUUCUUCGAUUGGCCUUUCGUCGAGGCGCGUGCGAGUGUGCUUGGGAUCGAUAUGUACGCGGAGAUCGGGUUUCGCAAAAACAGCGAAGACAUCUACCAGAGCAACUAUUGUGCCCAUCUUGACUGCUUCGCGUGGGUGAACAGAGACAGCUAUCUUCCUCAAGGGAGUCGAGGCUUGAAAGCUGUCACAGUUGCGAAGCUCGGCUACGAUCCUGAUGAGCUCGACCCCGAAUUAAUGACACCCUACGCCAGUGAACACCCUCAGAUCUUGGCUGAAUAUUCAGUCUCAGAUGCGGUUGCGACCUACUACCUCUACAUGAAGUAUGUCCAUCCAUUUAUCUUCGCUCUGUGCACUAUUCUGCCCCUAAAUCCAGAUGACACACUGCGCAAAGGUACUGGCACCCUUUGUGAGAUGCUCUUGAUGGUGCAGGCAGAGAAGAAGAACAUCGUUCUCCCGAACAAGCACAAGGAGCCUCGAGAAGCAUUUUGGGGAGGCCAUCUACUCGACUCAGAGACGUAUGUUGGUGGUCACGUCGAAAGUAUUGAGGCUGGAGUAUUUCGAGCCGAUAUUCCGGUCAAUUUCGCAAUCGAACCCGAAGCUAUUGACGAAUUGCUACGGGAUCUGGACGACGCUUUGAAGUUUUGCAUCACAGUCGAGGAAAAGAAAUCAUUGGACGAUGUUACGAAUUAUGACGAAGUCAAGAAAGAUAUUACUGAAAAGCUCUUGAGCCUGAAGAAUACACCUAAUCGACUGGAGCGGCCCCUGAUUUACCAUUUGGAUGUCGCGUCCAUGUAUCCCAACAUUAUGACCACCAACCGGCUGCAGCCCGAUUCUAUGAUCACUGAGUCCGACUGUGCUGCGUGCGAUUUCAACAGACCUGGAAAGACCUGCGACCGUCGCUUACCAUGGGCAUGGAGAGGAGAAUUUCUGCCCGCCAAGCGAGAUGAGUACAACAUGAUCAGAAGAGCCGUUGCGAACGAGACGUUCCCUGGCAAAGGCCCGAAGUCUUUGGUGCGAACAUUCCAAGAUCUGAGUCUCGAUGAACAGGCGUCAAUUGUACGGAAAAGGCUACAAGACUAUUCCAAGAAGAUCUACCACAAGAUUCACGACUCGAAGACCAUCGAACGAGAAGCCAUCAUUUGCCAAAGGGAAAAUCCAUUCUACGUCAACACCGUCAGAGAUUUCCGUGAUCGAAGAUAUGAUUACAAAGGCAAGCAAAAGGUCUGGAAAGGGAAGACUGAGGAGCUUAAAAGCUCGGGUGCUCCUGCUACAGAAGUUGAGGAUGCGAAGAAGAUGAUUACCCUCUUCGAUUCUCUGCAACUAGCGCAUAAGGUCAUCUUGAACUCAUUCUAUGGCUACGUUAUGCGAAAAGGCUCCCGGUGGUAUUCGCUCGAGAUGGCUGGUGUCACCUGCCUCACAGGUGCUCGUAUCAUUCAGAUGGCUCGUGAACUAGUAGAGAGGAUUGGUCGUCCACUCGAGCUUGACACAGACGGCAUUUGGUGCAUGCUACCAGCUACGUUCCCUGAGAACGUUCUUGUGACGCUCAAGAAUGGCAAGAAGUUGGCUGUCUCAUACCCUUGCAUCAUGCUCAACCAUCUGGUGCAUCGCAAGUUCACUAACCAUCAGUACCAAACGCUCUCCGAUCCGAAGACGCUCAAAUACGAGACUCACAGCGAUAACUCGAUCUUCUUUGAGGUAGACGGACCUUACAAGGCCAUGGUUCUUCCUACGUCCUUGGAAGAAGACAAGAAUCUGAAGAAGCGAUAUGCUGUUUUCAAUCACGACGGCAGUCUUGCUGAGCUGAAGGGCUUCGAAGUCAAGCGAAGAGGUGAAUUGAGACUGAUCAAGAUCUUCCAGACGCAAAUCUUUAAGGUCUUCCUGGAUGGCACUACUCUGGCUGAGGUUUAUAGCGCAGUUGCCAGAGUAGCCAACCGCUGGCUUGAUGUUCUCCACCAACACGGAACUACACUUGCAGACGAAGAGCUGAUCGACCUUAUCUGUGAGAACAAGAGUAUGACGAAGACACUCGAGGAGUACGGAACACAAAAAUCCACGUCCAUCACAACUGCGAAGCGUCUAGCAGAAUUCCUUGGUGAGAACAUGGUGAAAGAUAAGGGUCUUAAUUGCAAAUACAUCAUCUCGGCAAAGCCUCGCAACGUUCCAGUCACCGAUCGAGCCAUUCCUGUGGCCAUUUUCUCGGCCGAGGAAAACGUAAAGCGCCAUUAUCUUCGCCGUUGGUUGAAAGAGGAUCCUCAAGAUAUGGACCCCAGAACUGUUAUUGACUGGGACUACUACCUCGACCGUCUCGGCUCAGUCAUUCAAAAGCUUGUUACGAUCCCGGCUGCUCUGCAGCGAAUCGAGAAUCCUGUGCCUCGUGUUGCUCACCCCGAAUGGCUGCAGAAGCGCAUCAAUACAAGGGAUGACAAGUUUCAGCAGCAGAAAAUGACGGACCUGUUCAAGAGGGAGAAGAAGCCUCUAUCAGAGGUUCCGUUGAAUCUGCUCGACCAUCGACUGCCUGCUUCAGGUGAUGUUGAAGACGUCCUUGACCACCAACUCAAGCCUCGAGUCCAGCCGCAACCGACUGUGCAGAAGCGCAAGGCAGUGGACUCGGCCAAUGCCGAUCCGUUCGCGUCGCUUCCUGCUAAAAUGCCGGACAUUGAUGAGGACUAUCCGGCGUGGUUACAAUAUUCGAAGCAGAAAUGGAAGAUCCAGAGGCAAGCUCGAGCUCGUCGGCGGCAGCUCUUUGGAGAACGUACCAACGUGACCACCGAUGCUAUUGGGAGCUUCUUCCGCAACCAAGCAGAAAUGUUGUUUAUCAAUACGUGGCAGGUGUUGCAACUUCGCGACGGCGACACACCCGGUGAGGUCAAAGCUUUCGUUUUGAUUGGCAACAAGAUUCACACCCUUUCGAUCAAGGUGCCACGCGUGUUGUACCUUAACCUGAAAGGCGAAGAGCUCCCUGACAUUGAAGUUCCAGAUUGCGAGGUUGAGAAGGUGACCCACACAUUGCCGAAUGGCCAUCCGUCUGUACACCUGUUCCAGUUGACCAUGAGCGAAGAUACCUAUCUCCGAGAAGCCGAGAAUGUGUCGCUGCUCUGCAAUCAUUCCAGCGUCGAAGGUGUCUACGAGCAGCAGAUGCCUCUAUUCACACGUGCGAUUCUCAAGCUGGGGAACCUGUGCUCGUUUGACGAGAGCCAAAAGGGUGUACUUGGAAAAGGCCUCGAUCAAGGCUUCGAUCUCUCAUCCCUGAUCAGAAGCCCUGCGCAGUCGUCGUACGUGGAGGAUCCUGGCAUGAUGAGCUACCUUUACCUGUACCACAUCGCUGCUGGUGAACGCCAAGUUUUCGCACUCAUGUCAACUGCUCGCCUGGAAGCUCACAUCAUUGUGCUUAGCCGUACACGCGACGUACAGGGCCUGCCGAAUGUCGAGAAAAUGUACUCGGAGCAACUACAGCGCAAGAACCAAGCCGCUGCGGAGGCAGGCGAGCCAAUUCCUGCACCAGUCUUUGAUUAUCAGGAGACGUUGAAAUUCAAGACAUCCCAAGUUACAACGAAGCGCAAAGCUCACCUUGAAAUUGCCGACAUCAUCAAGAAAUGGAAAUCGGAGGAGACGCGGCCAACUAUGCUCAUUAUGCAGACUACGCAGCGCCAGCAAAUCAUGCACGACAUCAGGAUAUUGAAGGAGUAUCCAGUCAUCAAUCUACGGACGGACGAGGUGGAUGCUGAUUUCCCACCACUUGGUUGGCAAGCUUUCAUUUUCAAACGUCUCGUUGGUCAUUAUUUGACCAUGGAAAAUUGGCUUUCGCAUCUCGUCGAAUUGGCUCGAUAUGGCGACGUGCCUGUUUGUAACCUUGAGAAGGACGAUCCCCGAUACCUCAUUGAUCUGGCAUACGCACGCCGCCUGCAGAGCAACAACGUGGUCUUGUGGUGGGCGGGCAAUCCGCGGCCAGAUCACGCCGGCCAUGAGAAGGACGACAUUCUCGGUUCUUUGCAGGACGUGGUUGAGAUGCCGAAAAUCAACAAUGCUGGCGCGUACACUUCCGUCUGCAUUGACGUCGAGGUUCAGAAUCUGGCUAUCAACACCAUCCUCACAUCUUCGCUGAUCAACGACCUUGAGGGCUCAUCGGACUCGGUUGCGUUCAAUCCGGCUACUGAUGACUUUCCAUCCGAUGAGGCUGGUGGCAUCGCCAAAGCUCAGUCAGGGUUUGCGCAGGCGUCAUUGCAAGUGCUCCGGGAGAUGGUCAAAAGCUGGUGGACUGAAGCCUGCAUGGGCAAUCGUCUAGCCGACCUUAUGGUUCAACAUCUGGUGCGGUGGAUUCAGUCGCCAGCAUCCUGCUUGUAUGACCGGCACUUGCAUUACUACGUGCAGAUGAUGUCCAAAAAAGCGUUUCAGCAGCUAGUGACGGACUUCCGACGCGUGGGUUCUCAGGUUGUCUACGCCAGCCCGACACGCCUUCUGCUGCAGACCUCGAAGCAGGACGUUACUAAUGCGUACGCAUAUUCGCAAUACAUCCUCAAAGCCAUCAAGCAGAAACCAUUGUUCAACUUCAUCGAGCUCGCAAUUACAGACUAUUGGGACGUUCUGCUUUGGUACGAUCCGUACAACUAUGGUGGGAAGGGCACGUCUGAGAUCGAUGAGCAUACAGAUGACCAGCGGCUGGACACCGUUGUCUACUGGCAAGUUGCGCAAUUUUUGCCCGCGUCACUUCAACCAAUUUUCGAGGACUGGAUCAUUGAGUUCAUCGAGACCAUCCUUAAGUUGAAACGCCCGGAGGCUAGCCAGGAAGUUGACGGUACACCACGGCAAACACAGCUUCCUCAAAACACUUUCAUCAGCUUGACCGAAGACCCCACUAGCACGGUGGUUACGAGCGUCUUGCAAGAUGAUUUUUCCAAACCUUUGACGAAGCAAAUCAAGGCUCUCAUCCGUCGACAGCGGGAUGAAAUGCUUCAUCCUGAGCUAGAGACGGACUGGCACUUUCCAUCACACCUGCCGGGCGGCAGUCUUGCUCACAAAGAUGGUUCGCAGCGGAGAAGAGAUCCCGUGCUGGAGCUUGUAAAGGCGCUGAUGCAGAUGGUCUCGCUCUCGAAGCCACUUCAGCUCGAGGCUCGGCUUUUGCGCAAAGAACUACUGCAGCUCUUUGAGGUACGCGAGUUCGGGACAGAGGCUCGUUUUGAGAACCCAAGCAAGAGCCUUCAAUUCGAUACGCUAGUCUGCGACCAGUGUACUGCUCUACGCGAAAUGGACUUGUGCCGCGAUGAGGAUGUCAUUCCAGCUCCCAAUCCAGAGGACCCAUCGCAGAUGGUAGAGAAGCCAUGGAACUGCCACAGCUGCGGAAACGAAUUUGACCAUCAUGUACUGGAGGAGGGACUGAUAGCUCGGGUUGAGCAAGAGAUGGUGAGGUGGCAUACGCAGGACUUAAGGUGUACGAAGUGUGGUGGGCUGCAGGGCGAGGAUAGUGCUCUUCGGGAGCAUUGCACGUGUGGUGGUGAAUGGGGCCCAAGUGUGGACCGGAGCGGCAUAAAGGAGAAGGUGAGAGUGAUGCAGCGUGUGGCUGAUACCUACGGUAUGCGGCUCUUGACGAGUGUCAUUGAGGGUGUCAAGACAAUGGGAAUGGUGUAA